CCGCGGAGGGUCAUGCAGCCGCCGGGGUGCGCCGUUCCGUGGUCACCUGGGUCUGGUGAACUGGGAGCGAAGCGGGUGCACUCACAAGUUAAAUGACUGGCGGGGAGCUCCGAGCCCUCGGGGGCUGGAGGGGAAGUGGCUGGGCGGAGCUGGCCUCGGUCCGCGGAGAGUGGGUGCGCGCUCUCUUCGCAUCACUCUCCAGGGAGGCCCGGCUCCGGGUUUCCCAUGGUCCCGGAGAAGGGGAGCGAGGGCCGGGCUCCUGACCUGCAGGUCUCAUGGCGGGCGCUCCCUGCAGCCAUUCAUUGCCUGAAGAAGGUGCUCUGUGAAGGUGCAAGGUCACAAGGUGUAAUCGAGGCUUCUGGGCUCUUUCUGCCUCCUGCGGUAUUGUCUCACUUCUCAGCGGCCUUGAUUGGAUUUUAGGAAAGGUCCAGCUCACCAGGCACUUGAACCUUGGGACCCCAAGAGCAGAUUCCAGCUAAUGGAAAAGUGGCUGCUACGCCCAGGUGGAAACAAAACCAUCCCAGUGAAGGAAAAAGCAGAAGCCUCCAAGGACAGAAAUCACACCUGGAAGAACAUGUUUCUGAACUGAAAUCCCUAGGAUUUUAAGGCUGAGACAGAAUUCCUGAAAGGAGCAUAUUCAAGAGUUACUGGACCAGAAUUUUCCUCUCCAGGAGAUUGGUUUCAUUCAAGGACCUGACUGCGGACUUCACCCAGGAGGAGUGGCAGCAGCUGGACCGUGCUCAGAGGCUCCUGUAGAGGGAUGUGGUGCUGGAGAACUACAGCAGCCGCAUCUCGGUGGGGUAUCAACAUUAGCAAACCAGAUGUGAUCUUCAGACUGGAGCAAGGAGAAGAACCAUGGACAGCAGAGGAAUUCUCAAAUCAGAACUACUCAGGGGACGCUGAGACUUAUGGGAAACGGAGUCCCGAAUUUGAUGGAUUACCGGGAGGAGAGGGCAGGGAACUGGUCCCUCACAGCUCCUUCGGCGCAUGUGCAGUUCUCCUCAUUGUUCGCCCGCUCCCUGGUCUCCAGCUUCGCGCGGCAGAUAAUUCCGGAGCCUCCCGGUCUACGCAUUGCUCAGUGAGGGGUCCUGCACGAAGGAUGUGCGCUACAGCUCUGCCUUCACAGUUCCCUAAACUUUUCCAGGAGCAGGAGAAAAUGAACACAGCCCAGGGAUCGGUGUUGUUCGAGGAUGUAUCGGUGGACUUCACCCAGAAGGAGUGGCAAUUGCUGGACCGUGCUCAGAGGCUCCUGUACAGGGAUGUGAUGCUGGAGAACUAUGGGCACCUGGUGUCCCUGGGUCACUGUGUUUCCAAACCUGAGCUGAUACUCAAGUUGGAACGAGAAGAACCAUGGAUAUUAAAGGGACAACUCCCAAGUGAGAGCCACCCAGAAGUCCAAAGAACCAAUAACAUAAAAGAGAUAAGCCAAGAAAAUGAAGAUAAGUAUUUGAGGCAAGGUUUAUUCAUCAACAACAAAACAUUGACUGAGGAGAGAAAUAAGACCUUCAGAGAAACACUUAAUAUGACCACAAAUCCAGUGCCCUCAAAAAAAGGAUCCUAUCAAUGUGACCCAUUUGUAACAAACUUGAAAAGUGUUUUUGAAUUAGUUAUUAGUAAUAGAAGCAGUGUGAGAAAAAAAUCUAAUGAUUUCAAUGGAUGUGGAUUCCUUACUACUGUGCAUGAGAAAACCCAUACAGGGAACAAGCCCAGUGAAAAUGAUCAAAAGAGGAAAUCCCACAGGCAAAUUGAGGACUUUAUUCAACGUCAGAAGAAUUCAGCUUUGGAGCAAUGUCUUGAAUAUAAUCAUUGUGAGAAAGCUUUUCACAGAAAAACAGCCUUUGUUGCAUGUAAGAGAGCUCAUACAGGAGAGAAACCCUCUGAAGGUAACAAAUAUGGACAAGCCUUCCUCCAAAAGUUAAAGCUUGGUGCUUGUCCAAGAACCCUUAAGGGAAGAAAACCACACGAAUCCAGUAAAAAUAGGAAAUCUUCAUGCUUGAAGUCAAAACGUGCACAUCAGAGAGCUCACUGUGAAUGUAACAAAUUGGGGAAAUCUUUUAGCGAGAAGUCGAACCUUACUCAACAUCAGAGAAUGCACACAGGAGGAAAACCUGAUGAGUAUAACAGAAGUGAGGAAGCCUUGCAGAAGUCAUCCCACACUCAAAAUGAGCGAACUCAUACAGAAGAGAAAAUCUAUGACUGUAACCAGUGUGGGAAAUCCUUCCACAAAAAGCCACACCUGACUCAACAUCCGAGAACUCACACAACGGAAAAACCCAGUAAGUGUAAUGAUAGUGAGAGAGCUGUGAAAAAAGAGUCCUACCUCGCUCUAAAGCAGAGAAUUAACAUAAGUGAGAAAAGCUUUAAAGGUAGUAAGUGUGAGAAAUCCUUCCACAAGGCUUUGAAACUCAGUCAACAUCAGAGAACAUGUUCGGGGGAACCAAAUAUUGAGUGUAGUGAAAGUGGGAGGGUCUUAAGUAAGAAAUCACACCUCACUCAAAAUCAGAGGGCUCACAAAGGGAAGAAAACCUAUGACAGUAAUAAAUGUGGGGACAGCUUCCCUAAGAAACCAGACCUUUCUCAACAUCAGAGUGUGCACACAGGAAAAAAGCCCUAUGAAUGUAGUGAAUGUGGGAAGUCCUUUUUUGUAAAGUCCAACCUCACUGAGCAUCAGAGAACUCACACAGGAGAAAAACCCUACAAAUGUCAUGAAUGUGGAAAAUCCUUCUGCCAGAAGUCAGCCCUCACCAUACAUCAGAGAACUCACACGGGAGAGAAACCCUAUAAAUGUAAUGAAUGUGGGAAAACCUUCUGUGUGAAGUCAAACCUUACUCAACAUCAAAGGACCCACACAGGAGAGAAACCCUAUAAAUGUAAUGAAUGCUGGAAAUCUUUCUGCGUGAAAUCCAACCUCAUUGUACAUCAGAGAACUCAUACAGGAGAGAAACCCUACAGAUGUCCCGAAUGUGGGAAAACCUUCUAUGAAAAGUCAGCCCUCACAAAACAUCAGAGAAUUCACACAGGGGAAAAACCCUAUGAAUGUAAUGAAUGUAGAAAAACCUUCAGCCAGAGGUCAGCCCUCACCAAACAUCAAAGAAAAAAACAUAAGAAGAAAACUCCCACCAACACUCUCCAUGUGGAGAAGCCAUCCUCUGCGGUUCAUAGCCGUUGAACAUCAGCAAAAUCACAGGGCAGAACCGCUUAGAUGUCAACGCACGUAGGAAAGUCUUUAUCAAUAGGUUAGAGCUAAUUGGAAUUAGAGAAGUAAUAUAGGAGUGAAAUAGGAGCUCUCUGUGAAUGCUUUGAUUGUGUGAAAGCUCUCAAGAAGUAGUCAAAGAUAUGGAAGGCAAAUGUAUUAUUUUAAGGAAUAUGGAUAAAAAUGUUCUUGUGGGAAAAUGUUCUUGUGGAAAUAGAAGUCGUAUUUCAGAUGUGAUACCAAACUUGUUACAAAAAAAGGUAGUAAAAUAUUCAGUUCUUAAUAGAAUGUGAAAGUGGAGCUUUUGUCAGGAAUAAGUUAAGGUCAUUGGCACAACAGUGUUAAAUAUAUAUGUGAAGAUCUUCUGAAGUAUAUGGAUAGGUAUAUAGUACAUGAGUGUGUUAUAUAACAUGAAUUACGUGUAUGUUGGAUUUACAUAGGGAACCUACCUCUCUCUGAAUCUCAACAAUACAGUAUAUAAGUGAAAAUUGAACAGUGACAUAACCUGUGCCUCAACAAUUGUACUUCUAGAUACAUACCCUAAAACAACUGGGUGUUCUAAAGGGUGUUUGGAAAUACUGGGAUGAUUAGUUGUCACUAUGAUUGAGGGUGCUUCAGGCAUUUAGUGUGUGGGAGGACCAAAGAUACCCAAUACCCUGCACCAUGUCAGAGAAAGGACAGGAAAAGGGGCUCAUCCAGGAUGCCAGCAGCUCCAUCACAGGAAAACCCUGCCCUAAAGAAAGUCUUGCACAUCCGCACCAACAGACAUGUACAAGAAGGUUCAUUGCAACCUUUCAGGUUUUUGUAAUGACAAUUGAAAAAAAGAGAAAGUAGCAAAUGUCCAUUAACAAUAGACUAGAUAAAUAAAUAUUGGUAUGUUUAUACAAUGGGAAUAACAUACACCAAUGAAAAUGAACCUCAGUUAUACAUAUCAAAAUUAUUAUCUUAAUAAUGUUUAAUAAAAAAGGAAACUAUAAAUACCAUGUUAUUGCAUUUAUAUAAAGUUCAAAAACAAAGAAUUCAACAGUACACUAUUGA